AUGCAUCUUCUUUGCCUGCUCUUGCUAGUCUGUCCCGUAUUGUCGAAACUAGUCGACAUCCCCAACUCCGACCCCUCCUGGCAAGACAUCACCCAGGUCAUUGUCUCAAACAUCACCAUCGUCGACUCUCACUCUCCAUCUCUCGCUGUUCAAAUAGGCACCCAAGAAGAAUACUCCCGUCUCCAAGAUCGCCUAAGUCGCACAGCCGGAACAUGGAACACCUCCCACCCACGCUACCGCCUCCUCAUGGCCCUCUACGGCUUCACCCGGUACAAAGAGCGCAAUCUAGCCGAAGUAAAGCGCUGGCGAGAUCUAUACAAGCACGUCCCAAAGGAGCAGAAAAAGCUAAUUGAAAAGACGGUUGCGUACACAAAGAAACUCAACACCGUCGAGCACCUAUUCGAGCACAAUGAUAUCCUUGCACAAGAUAUCGUCCGCGUUGGAAUGGACUUCUACGGCAUUGAGCAGAGCGAGCUCGAUGCCUUCAUUGCGGAGAUGGAGAAGGAGAAGAAGAGUCCCGACCGCACGAGCGUCGUCCAGGCAAUGAAGCACUUUGUCCGCGAUUGGUCGGACGAAGGACUCUUUGAGCGGGAGGGCGCGUUUGCAUGUCUCCUCGAUAACCUCGCGAGUUUCGAUCGUCAGAAGCCGCUGAAGGUCCUUGUCCCCGGCGCCGGGGCUGGACGGUUGGGAUACGAGAUUGACGCGCUGGGAGGCUUCGACGUGACGAUUAACGAAUGGUCCGCCUACAUGAACCUGGUCCACCGCUACGCCAUCCAAAUCACGCAGCCGAACAGUCUCACUUAUUACCCGUAUAUUGACUGGUGGUCGCACCACGCCAGCACAGCAGACAUGCAGCGCGGGAUCUCCUUCCCGGACAUCGCGAUUCCACACUCCCAGUCAACCAGGGACAGUGGGGUGGUGAUGGUCGAAGGCGACUUUACAAGCGUGUUCCCGCCCUCAGAAUCAGGAAGCUACGAUAUCCUCGUCACAUUCUUCUUCAUCGACACAGCGCGGAACCUCAUGUCCUACCUGCAGACUAUCCACGCCCUCCUGAAACCCGGCGGGACGUGGAUUAACCUUGGCCCGUUGUUGUAUGGGACGGGUCCGUGGCUGCAGCUCUCGCUUGAUGAGAUUGUUGCGCUGAGUGAGGCGUUGGGGUUUGAGUUUGAGGGAUUGAGGCUGGGCCAGGAUAAAGAUGGGGAUGUUUGUGGAAGAAUAACGCAGGGAGAGGGGAUAGAUGGGAAGGUUAAGAGUUUGUAUGUCCCCUAUGGCCAGAAUCGGAGGGGGCUUAGUCGGAAUGCGUACGAGGCGCAGUUUUGGAGGGCGAGGAGGGUGUAG